AUGUCUUCAGCCCAAGAGACCAAAAUGCAAAAUCUUAACUCUAAUCCCGAGAUCCUUUUAAGGAAGAGAAGGAAUGCCGAUAGAACUAGAAUCGACAGACAAGAACUGGCAAAGAAGAAGAAGGAAGAGCAAAUUAAGAAGAAGAGAAGUAAUAAAAACAAGUUUGUCAGAGCUGAAAGUAUAGUCGCGAAGACCCUGGCCACUUCUAGAGAAAAGGAGAGGAUCAAAAGAGUUUCUAUAUUAGAAGACAAGAAAGCUAAGAAUGUUACACAGCAUAUUGCUUCCGGUAAAGAUUUUAUUCUGAGAAUAACCGAAAAACCCAAAAAUGUUGAUGAGAAAUCUGUUGAUUUGGAGGAAGACGAUGAUGAAGAAGACGAUGGUUUGAUCAGAGAAAAGACUACUUACGGCGGUGAACCUGCUUUACUCUUCGUUGUUAGAGUGAGAGGUCCGCUUGCUGUAAAUAUCCCAAAUAAAGCAUUCAAGAUUUUAUCUUUGCUAAGACUGGUAGAAACUAACACCGGUGUUUUCAUCAAAUUGACCAAACAUGUAUAUCCGUUGCUCAAAGUUAUUGCACCAUACGUAGUAAUUGGAAAACCUUCUUUAUCUUCUAUUCGUUCUUUGAUUCAAAAGAGAGGUAAAAUAAUGUAUAAGGCUGAGAAUGAUUCAGAAUCUCAUGAAAUAGUUCUUAAUGACAAUAACAUCGUUGAAGAACAGUUAGGAGACCAUGGAAUCAUCUGUGUUGAAGAUAUUAUUCAUGAAAUAGCAACUUUGGGUGAGUCUUUCUCUGUUUGUAACUUUUUCUUACAGCCAUUUAAGUUGAAUAGAGAAGUAUCUGGGUUCGGCUCUUUGAAUAGGCUGAGAAAAAUAAAACAGCAGGAGGCUGAAUCAAGAACCCGUCAAUUUUCAAAUGCGGCUACUGCACCAAUUAUUGAAGUUGACAUUGACUCGUUAUUAGUUAAGUUAAAUUAA